AUGUCCUCAGGGGAAGAAGGCCCGUACGAGUCUGAACAGGCAUCAGGGCCAACAAGGAAACGGACUCGCCGACGCAUUCAGCGAAGCUGCGAUGUCUGUAGGCGCAAGAAGAUCAAGUGCGACUGGGCCCUCUCGCGAGACAACAAGUGCACGUUCUGCAAGACCCAUAACUUCGAGUGUCAACAUACUCACGGCGUCAGGGAGGAGAAGCUGGAUCCAGCGACAGAGGAAGUCGAGUCUCUGGAGAGCCUGGUCAAGAGCAUGGCGCUCUGGAUAUCAGAGCGUCACCCAGAUGUCAACCCUACGAAGGAGUUCAGCAUGCCUUCAAGCCUCGCACAAUGGUUCAACGAACGACAUGAUCGUCCUUUGGGUACAACGCUCAAAAGACUAUCUGGUGAUCUCGCCCGCAUCAACCUCAUGGCGGACGACCAGCAAAAGGACGAGGAUGACUUGAACGAGGAAGGUGAUGGCGGGGACUACAAGCUCUCCGAGUUACAGACACGCUUUCAGAGCAUGAGCAUGAUCGAACACUUCCUAGGCAAAGGGAGUGUACUGGGGAGAUCGAGCGGCCUCGCGUUGAUACAGCACGCGCUGGAGCUGAAACAGAACCCGAACGCGCAGAAGAUUGGGCAUAAUCGAUCUAUACCCUCCAGGCGCAAAGACCUUUGGGACUCCAACCAGUUCCUUUGGCUGAAGUCAAGCUAUGACGCACGCAUCUUCAACCUGCCGCCCGGUGAUUUGAUGCAGACUCUAGUAAACGGGUACUUCACCAGCCACGAACCCAGCAUACUGCUAUUCCACGAACCGACCUUUAGGCACAACAUGAACAUGGGUCUUCACUUCCGCGACCCGGCAUGCGCCGCCAUCAUACUUCUCAUCUGCGCCCUCAUGUCCCGAUACAGCGACGAUCCCAGAGUCCUCUCCAGCGGCUCGGGCUCUUGGUACUCUGUGGGCUAUACGUGGUAUCUUCAAGCGAAGGACUAUUAUACGCCAUCGAAGUCCGCUCCGUCAUUGCAUGAUGUCCAGCUUUAUACGCUCAUGACUGUAUACCUCGACGGAUCAUCUUCUCCUCAAACUGCUUGGACUGCAUGUGGAACGGCCCUUAGACUGGCUAUGGACGUUGGCGCGCAUCGGAAGAAAGCCUACCAAAAGGUGCCCACAGUCGAAGAUGAGCUUUGGAAGAGAGCCUUCUGGAUCCUGGUGAUCCUGGAUCGUCAAGUGAGCGCCCAUCUGGGCCGUUCCUGUUGCGUUCAAGACGAAGACAUAGACCUCGAGCUGCCUCUCGAAGUUGACGACGAGUACUGGGAGCAUGCCGAUGCGACACAAGCAUUCAAGCAGCCGCACGGGAGGCCCUCCAGAGUCAGUUUCCUGGUCGCUUUGGUCAAACUCAUGAAGAUAUCCGGCGUUGCGACACGGACCAUCUUCUCGGCGAAUCCUCGGGCCAACAUACUGCUGGAGGCGCUGGGGAAGGGCUGGGAGCAGAAAAUAGUUACCGCGCUUGACUCAGCACUGAAUGAAUGGGUAUCGCAUGUGCCAGAUCACUUGAGGUGGGAUCCACGUCCUACGGAUACCGUAUUCCUCUUUCAAUCCGGCAUAUUGCACACCCAGUUCUAUCAGCUCCAAAUCAUCAUACACAGAGCUUAUAUACCCACGCCGACAAAACCUCCACAGACAACAUUCCCUUCGCUCGCGAUAUGUACGAAUGCCGCCCGGACGUCCUGUCAGAUCAUCUCCCACUGUCGCAAGAACAUACCCUGCUUCCGCAACAAUCGUAAUGCGUUUCAAUCGGCGACUUUCCAGCCUGCCUUGGUGCUCAUCUUUGCCAUCUGGAAUGCCAGGCGAAAUGGCUAUCAAAUCGACAUCACGAGAGAUAUGGGAUACAUCUGGGAGUGUAUGGAUACUCUGAGGGGCGCAGAAGACCGGUUCGUGAUCGCCGGUAAACUCUGGGACAUACUCUAUGAGCUGGUGUCUAUGGGGGACCUGCCAUUAUCGCCCGCGUUGACCCCGCCAGACUUAACGCAACUACCCGAGUCCAACGCGGAUGGCGCAUUGGGUCACUCUCUGUUCCCAAUCCCUGCCGAAACUGGCUCGACGUACAACAUGCCCCAGAUGGCCCCGGCAAUCGGCAAUACGCUCGACUUAGGCGACCUUUCACGGGCUCCUGGGUCCUUAGGCAGCGCUGACGCGACAGGGAUGUCCUCGUUCGCGCCCAUAUCGUCUCACGGUUCCGGUGUGAGCGCGCCGUCAGUGGACACAAUCGGUGGAUUCGAUACACCCGCCAUGGAUGAUCUGAUGGCUGCAUUCGGAUUCGGAGCCCUCGUCACCGCCGAAAGCGCCCACUACGAGGGGACUACGAUUCAUGGCGCAGCCGACGGUACAUUGGAUCCUUCUUUGAGCGCUAACGUAUCGGACUGGGACAGUUGGUUUCCAAGCCUGGCACAGUCGAGCACUCAGGAUGUUACAACAUCGUACACUGCGAACGGUCCGCAAUACCAUGGCCCGCAGCAUGCAUCGUCUACGUACAACCCUCUUGACGACCUCUUCUAG